AAUUUUUCUGAAACGUGACACUUCAGAGGUUUUGUACAAUAUAAAUUAUUCUGAACAAGGUACGGGUUACUUGUUUGCCUCAAUUAAACAUGGCCGUAUUGUUUUUUGUGCUCGCCGCUCUUGCGUGUACGGCGCACUGCAAGCCGUCGGGUGACCCAGGAGUGGUUCUGAAGAAGAACAGCGAGGCUCACGCCAUCGCUGGCGACCAUGAGUCGAAACUGUCACCCCCGUGGAUCAAGGAGAUGGAGGGAUACGAGGAGGAUAUCAACCAAGCUCUGGAGACUCUUUGGCCGUUUAUAAACUUCCUCUUUGGCUUCGAUACCAGUGACAGUGAAGACUCCGAUGACUCCUGUGCCGACGAAAUGAUUAUUCAAUUGGUUCCUGACGAUUCAAGCGUAACUUCAUCAACUAAAAAAGGCUCUAAUGAUGCCAAUCCAGAACCGGUUCCAGUGCCGAUUCCAGAUACAACAACAACCACAACAACUACUACUGAAGCACCAGCCGAAGUUAAAACAAAUUAAUUUUACAGUCUUGUAAUGACCAUUUACAUGAUAUGAAAUUAAAAAAAAUAUAUUUUGUCUAGUUA